UAAGAUGUUAGGUCUAUUCUAUAUCUUGUCUGUGGUAUCGAGUAUGAAGUAUCAUUGUUAAAUCUAUAGUCAAUGAUAGUAGGCAAUUAUGGAGUGGUUAUGUGUUGCUGUCUGUCGAUGACAGUUCUGUGACAUGUAUUAAAACUAACGUACUGAUAAACACAAAACCAUGAGUGACACGACAAAAAUUGAAUGUAAUUCUUAUAUAAGUACUGAAUAAAGAUUAGAUGAUAUUUUGUCAAUGAAUAAUCGCAUGAUAACGACCAUCUUAUUGUAUGCAAUCCAGGAUCAUGUUUUACAAUGUCCUUCAAUUAUAAAUACCUUUUUAAAUUAUACUUCAUUAGGUUAUGUUUACAAAUUCUGCCUUGGUUGUUUUAAUUGUAUUUAUGUACUAACUUCUGGAUGCAAUGCAGAAUUGAUUCAUGACAAAAUGAUUAAUAUUUCUUGAUUCCAUAAUAAAAAAAAAAAAGACACAAUAUCAUCAUGGAGGAGAAUGAACUGUACAAUGCUACAGUUCCAUCUUUCUCUGGAAUUGAACCAGCCUUUUGGAACUAUUCUGAACAUGUCAUCCUUGAUGACCUUAAAAUGGAUAGUAGUUUUAUAUAUUUACUUUGCUCAUUAGUAUCUGCUAUUUCUUGGAUUAUUUAUAUAGCUUAUUAUAAUAGCAGAGUCAUCGGUUACAUACUAACAAAAUUGUUAAAUCGGUUUAUUAUUAGAGAUGGAUACGUUAAAGUAGGAUCUUUUACUUUAAGCGCGUUAAGCGGAAAAAUAAUGUUCAGAGAUAUAGUUUAUAUCACAACAGAUUAUAGUAUCAGAGUGCAGGAUGGGUGGCUCAUAUUCAGAUGGUGGAGAAGUUACGUUCCCAAAGACGUAUCUGAGGAUCUUUCACAUUCCGACACACGACUUUCAGUUAUGUUAAAUGGCUUUGAAUUACACGUUUACAAUCGCUGUCAGUUAUAUGCACAACUAGAAAAAACAUUUGGUCUUACACCACAAAUGUUUCCUGACGAGGAAAAUCAUAACGUCAAUAGCGAUGAUCGUGACGCUGAAUCGUUUAGCAAUAGCGCUCAUGAAACUCGUCAACAGGUAAAUGCAAUAGAUGUUUCGCGUCACGUUGAUAAUAUUAGGAAAAAAGAAGCUCAUGUUAUAGCCAGAACAUGGAGAGAUUUAAUACCCGUUAUCAAAUUAGAUGUCUGCACAGGAAGAUUGGUAUUUGGUAAUCGGUUAAUACCAACAACUCUGUCGAUAACCGUGGAAGAGGCACAUUUUGUCUAUUCAACAAAACCGGCAGCAUCUCGGCACGAUCAUUUUAUGCAUUUCACAAAAUGUAAAGCAGAAAAUUUCAAAGUUAUCUUAGCACCCAGUCCAAAAUAUACUGGAAUGGUAGAUGAUCCGCCUAGAUACAUGGGAGAAGGAUUCGUUGUAUUAAGUUCGAACAACAUGGAAGUUUAUUAUUAUAUGGACGAGCCUGGAUUUGUUCCUGAGCAUCCGGAAAUGAUUCAAUUAGUGAACGGAGAUAUGGUGGAAGCAAUGCCACCGAUCUGGGGCAUUGAUAUUAAGUGCGGAAAGGGUACUGAUUUUAGUUACGGACCUUGGGCCGAUCGACAAAGAGAACAUUUAUUUAAAUUCUUUUUUCCUAAUGAUUAUCAACCGUUGAAAGUUACAAAAACCCCUGUUACCGGAGAAAAACGACAGGUUCAGUCAUUCGACAUCAGAUUAUCGACAUUGAACGAAGCUACGAUUGAUAUACUAUUCAGUAAAAAUAGAGAAACAAAUGCUGUUCAUAUUAACGUAGGAGCUGGAUCAUAUUUGGAGAUUACCAUGCCAUGGAUAGUUCUGCAAGACGGAUAUACUACAAAAAUAACAGGGCAACUGUUACAUUUAGAAGCGACCACGAGUUUGCAAUACAGAAGUUUAGUUGAAAGCGAAACGUUGGAAUUUGGUGUCAAGUGUCAUUAUCCGAUAAGAUGGAACGAUCAUCAAGAAUGGACGUUGAAUUUAACCGGAUGUAAAGCUACGGCUAACUUAGUUUAUUCGCACAAAGAAUUUUUUCAAGAUAUGAUUAACGAUUGGGCCAGCAAAGCCAGGCCAGAUAUUUUACAUUUUGUACCGUAUACCUGCAAGUUUAAUUUAUUACUAAAAGAAUUCGAAUUGAUCACCUUGUGUAACGAAUAUAAUUGGAUCGAUUGUUCGUCACAAAAUCAAGAAAAUACGCACAUUGCUUUUUGCGGAGAAUUUUUUGAGUUAUCGUUUGAUCUUCCAUUUGUCGACUAUCUACCGGUCACGAUACCUUUGCGUUUUUGGAUCCAAGGUGAAAGCGUCGAUCUUUCCUUUUACUUGCCAGAAGUGAAUACGAGUCGUACAAUUUUGUUGGCAUUGAAUAAAAAUGCGAAGAUCAUGACGCGCGAUGGAUCCCAUAUAUAUUUAUCAGAAUUGAAUAAAAGUAAAAAAUGGAGGAACGUUUGUCAAAAAGGAGCUGGUUGGGUUGAUUGCUGGUCCGUACCGAUCGUCGCGUUGAGUAUUAAUUAUACAUAUCAUCCGUGUCCACCUUUAGGACCUACACCGCAAGCGAAUAUAACAACUCCAGAGAAAGAGGAAAUUCUUUUAUCUCCAAUGAGAAUUCCUCGAUGUAGAAAAUCACCUGGACUUCAGUGGACGAAGAACGGUAGUCAAAAAUUUGACCCGCAGUCUAUAUCACCCGACAAAGUUAGUUUAGACCUCGAGAUAGGUCCUUCUAUAUUGAUUUUAUAUGGCUCACUUUUGAAGAAUUUUAUACACUUGAAAGAAAAUUUAUUCGGCGAUUAUCAAACAUUCACGGACAUGCAGCAAAGUCGAACGAAUCCUACAUCCGUAAGUACAGAAAGGAGUAAAGACAGAGAUGUUCAGAAUAGCAGUAUCGAGUCUGUAGAGGAUGAAGAUGGAAAAUCAAAAUCGUUUGAUCCAAGAGACUAUCGACCGUUGGAAGUAACAGUUGGUAUUACCAUGCACGAUAUUCAAGCUCAUUUAGUCAAAAAUUGUGGUGAAAAUGAUCCUCCUUGUCCGGUUAUACUUCUGGAACGUUUUGGAUUUGAAAUGAAGAAAAGGUAUAAAGAGACAGAACUUCAAUUGCUUUUGUCACCAGCGAUCGCUCUGAUCACCGAUAACGUCGUUCGGUCAAGCAAGGAGCGUCACUUGAAUCAAGGGCAUUUAAUGUUAAGCGCAUUGCAAGUUAGAGGGCACGCAAUGUUCAGUAACGAAGGGAGAAGUUUAGAUCAAGAAACGCUAGAAUACGCCUGGUUGAUCGAAGUGCAAUUAGGAAAAUUAACCGGGAAGAUAAGUUCUCCUCAGUUGCAUCACCUCGUUACAUCCCUCGAAACGUUUUUAUUAAUGGUAAAAAGUAACGAGAAUAGUCUAAGACCUCCUGAUUUGCCACACCAUUGUCACCAUGGUAUUCCUCCCUUACAGUGUCCUGAUAGUGACAUUGAUAAGCAUUACAGGUGUCCUAGUUCUGAAGAUAUAAAGUAUAGAAUGACAAGAAUUGCGAUAGACGCGAUUGAUUUGUAUUUUCAAGAAGUAGGAACCACGAUACACGCUUGGAUAUCUCCAAUUCGCGUGUCAACGUGUAAUCUCCACGGACAACAAGUGAAAUCUGGUGUAACUGGUGUGUUACCUAGAAUAUUAAUAAGACAAUUUGUAUCUGCAGCUGAUCAUUUUGCGAAUACAAGUAACACAAACACAGCUGGCAGUGGAAGAUCCCAUAACAAUGCCAGUAGUCGCAUGUCAGGUGAUGGAUCUGAUAUUUGGUUAGAAGUAGGAUCCGUAGCUUUAGGCCCAGUCAUUUUAGAAGCUGCAAUUUCGCUUCCAACACCUGAACAUAAUUUACAUUUGGUACAAAAUAAAUAUUUAAAAUUACACGACGAGGCAACUAAACGAUUAUGGUUUUUAUGGCCUCAAGAAAGUGGCGUGAAAUCAACAAAAUGCGGUUGCAUAGGGGGCUGUGCAUUUUUUGGGAAUAAUCGAAAUGGACCGAAAUUUUUUAAGCCGAGUUACCACGAUUUUCAAGAUGGUAUCAAUGUUGCUGCGUACAGAAUUAACGAAUCUGGAAAAGAAAAAGGAUUUGGGCAGUCUAUUUUACACGAUGGUCAACUAGUAUUCCACACGUCGCCUUAUAAUUUACCAGAUGUGUCCUUACAAGACUAUCCAGUUACAGGAUUGAAAGUGACAACCGGUACGCAGGAUGGAUCCCAGACAUCGAAAAAGAGUGUCGAACGACCAAGGUCUGUGACAGAUCAUAAUAAAGAUUCGGGUAUCGAAGAAACUAGUAGUACAAAAUUAAUUGGUACAUCAGCAAGUCCAUUCGCAUGCAGUGGGGAACGGAAACUACUGGACAGAAGAUUUUCUUAUACAUCAAUGCGUGGAAACAGUGCAAAAGAUGUACCCUAUUCCCGCUUAGUCGAUGCAAGCCCUGUUGCACAGUUACCACAAAAGUUGGAUUCAGAUUCGAAAUUGCACACAGAACGCAGUAAAUCAAUUUUAAGCGUUCCUGAAAUUGAAACUGCUCCAAAAAGUAGCGUGUCCGAUUCGAAGCUAGCUGUUGAUUAUUUCAAUGCAUCGGAUAUGGAACCGUAUGAAUCGAACAGUCCGCAAUCAUUACCGAUUGUAUCUACGGAUACGAAUUUUUCCGAGUCGAUGCAAUCGAGCAAGAAAACUGUGGAUGGGAUUAAAAUUUCUGAUUCUCAUCACUCGUUAUACAUAAAAUCAGAAUCCGAGGAAAAGUUAAAGCAGGAGGUGCAAAGGACGAUAUCUAUGUCUUCAGAGAAUCAUUCCGAAGCUUUUUAUUCAGCUGACGAAGAUACAAGUCACGGAUUAAGCGGAAGUCGUACGUCAAGCUUACGACAAUCUAUCGUUGGAUCUGGAUCAGUAUUAAAUCGAAACGAUAGUAUGAAGAAAAAAUUUUCAUCGGACUUAUCCAUCGUAGAAAGUUCAACGAACGUGAACGUAUCUGUGUCUGAGAAAGCACACACUUUGGAGAGAGCGAAACCGCAGAUGAUGAGCGCCAAAAGAAGUCCUAGAGUGAAUCGAAACACUAGCUUUCAAAAUGAUUCGAAUGAUGCAAACGAAAAUAGCGGUUUGCGAGACUCAUCGGAUAGCCACUCGGUUUCAUCUACAAGUUUCAUAUCCGCUGUGUCGUCGCAAGAAGAUGUUACACUUGUGAAUUUACAUAUGCAAGUGAACAAACCGAUUGUUGAUUCUCCACUUUUGAUGUCGAGCUACGUUAGUCAUUUAACUCAGGUACGUUGUUCGAAUUGGGGUCAAUCGUCCAUUUCAGCAGGAAGUGGUGCAUUUACUACACCACUUUUUCAACGUACAGAUGAAGGUAGACUGGUUUAUGUCGGUGGAAGGUACGUGCCGAAAUUUGAAACGGUUACCGAAGGAUUUACGUCGUUAAAAAUGAUCACAAGAUCUGAUGGCUCUCCUGUAGCUAGUUCAUCUAAUAAAACCCCAACGCAUCCGUAUAUUUGGGACAGUUCAACGUUGAAUCAAAUGGAAGGAGAGGUACACCAUACUACUCACAACGAAGAAGAGUUGUUGACCGUACAAAAUGAAAGUGGUUCGCGUACAACGGUUAUUGUAAAAUUCAAAGGCGAUGUAGAUAUUAUGUUAAGUCCUAUGGUGCUCGAAUGUUUGCAACGUUUCAUUGAUGCCAUCAUACCGACGUUAGCUACUUUACAUCCAUUAACAAUUUUGAAUCAUCUACAUCACGAAUGCAUUGGGAAAGUUGAAGAUGCUAAUAUUCUAAAGCAAGAUCAGAGUUUAUCAUAUUGGAGUCAAGUGCAAACUAGUUCAAAGCGAUCCACCGCUGAAAGAAAUAUUAAAAAUGGACAAGGUGACGAUAAACGUAAAAUUGCCCUCCAAACAAACGUGUAUGAAGAAAGUAUUAUGACACAAGUACAAGGCAGUAUUAUUUUACCAAAGAUGAACAUAACUUUAUUGCAAGCAUCUGUUGUCGAAGAGAUUAUAUCAUUUUCUGCUCUUGAAAAUAUUCGUGACCUAACGUGUGUAUCAUUAUUCGCUAUUUGUUUCGACGAUGUGGUAGGAAGGUUUUACGUUGGGAAGCAAGCCCGAGAAGUAGUUCAAACGUUUCAUAAACCAGCUGUAUUAACGAAUCAGAAGAAAGUGAAUAAAAUCAGCAAGGCAUUUUUACCUGGUCAUCAAACAGCUGCGGUAGUUGCGGAUAUUGGAAGUGGAGAAACUGUAUACAUAGAGACUUCGGAGAAGCAACAAGAAGAAAUCAUAGUUACGUUAAAUAUAGGAAAAGCUCAUUCACAAUUAAGAAGACUUAGAAACGAAUCUUCGAUAUUGAAGGAUGCUGUUAUAACAGCAAUUCCUACUCAUUAUUCAAGAGUAUUAUUCACUUGUACUAGGAUAACUUCUCCUUUGAAAUGUGUCGACUAUUACUUGCAUCAUUUUGUGGAUGACAAAGAAAAAAGUAAACAAUCUGGUCCUCCACAAGCAACGGAGGAGUUUACUUUAGGAACCGGAGAGGAUAGACUGGGUUUUAUAAUGUUUGAAUGUGGUUUAGAAGGCAUCAAGCUAAAAGUAGUAAAGAGAUCUCAGUUUGAAAAAGGAGAAAAUGGAAGCGACAAUAAGAAAGUUGAUGCUGAAAUAUUUUAUACAGAUAGCGUGAAAAGUCAAGAGGAACUAGACAAUGCAGCUACUUCUACAGCGCCUGCAGCUGAACCAGAAACAGCAUCAACGAAUUUACGUAAUGGAGCACAAAUAAACACAAGUGCUACGUGCGCUAGUAUUGCUUCAAAAGCUGAGAAUGGAAAUACUGUUUCUUGUGUCAUAGAGUUAAAAACAGUAUGGUUUAAUUUUGCGGCACCACCACGUACGCCGAUAACAAGAAAGAUUGAUUACACUCGAUUAGAUUGGAAUUUAUUAAGCACAGCUUCACCCGCUAUAAACGCUUGGAUGAAUCCUAGCAAUAAAUUUGCAAUUCGAAUAGUACAUAUGUUUAGAACAAUGUAUAGAAGAUCAACUGCUAUCGUUGCUUGUCUAAUGGCUGAAGCGUUAGAUGUGCAAGCGAUUCAUAUGCCAGCCAAGAGUCGUUAUGGACGAUUGACUCCACUAGCGAAAACAUUGCAAGAAGAUCCGUCGUGUCAGCUGUGUACAAUUUUACAAAAUUAUGUUUUGUUGAAUGAUUUAAAAAAUAUUGAAGCUAAUUUGAAAGAAUCAGAUUUACCAUUGUUAUCGACACUUCGUCAGGGUGUUAUAGUAUUGAGCAGACAGUGGAAAAAUGUUCUGUACACUCCACUGUUGUUGGAACACAAUUACAAAACUAAACAUGUUAAGCCAUUGAAUGUCACGUUUGCUGUUUCAGAUCCAGAUGAGGAAAAUUUGCUGACAGACGGUGAGGGUAGCGCGGGUGAAGUAGAUGAACAGGAAGUCACAGAUGAAUGUGCUAUGUUAAUUCACACAGACCAUAUGCAUAAGCAUACACAUAUCAAGAGCGGACAAGAUAAAAGUACAGGUAUUUGUGGUGAUGGUUUGACGGUUCCUGUAAGUUCUCCUCGAGGAAAAGAUACAACCCCUAUUGCAACACCGGUUCCAGGCCCGGAUUCAUUAACCUCUCCCUCUCCACCAGUAGCUCAUCUAAAGAAAGGAAAAUCACUACAACCUACACAAGUGCCUGCUAGUACACGAGCAAGUAUUGUUUUUCCAUUGCUUGCAAGUGGUGGGUUAUUUAAUCAAGCUCGGGAACCAAAUAACAUAAGUUACGGGACACUACGAGAAGAAAAGACACCGCAAAUCCAUGUUUCACAUUCUCAUCAACUUGGUUCAAAUCCGAGUAUCUAUUCUGGAGGUGGGCAUGGUAGCCAGCAUAGUACUGGAAGUUUGGAUCAAGUUACAUCCCCGACAAGUCAUCAAUCCAAUAAACCCCUGAAUACAGGUGAAGAUUUAUACAGUUGGAUGGCCAAACAGCAGGAAUUUAUAAAGGACAAUGAGAAAAGCAAUUUAAAAGGAAAUUGGGUCUUUCGUGCAGAGCAAAAAUCUUUAAAGGAUUCUAAGAUUAAUACAAUGACAACAGAUGAUACAGAAGACUCUGAUGUUCACAGUGGUACUCUCCUUUAUCCAAUGAAAGAUUCGCUCAGACUUUUAGACGCGCAUUUAAUAUUCGAACCACUUUUGUCUUCCUUAUCUGUUAUGCCACAACAAAUGCUAUCUGCCAUUGGUUCAGGAAAUGUGAAUAAUGUAUCUUCUUUGGACUCGUUAGGAUCAAAUAUAUCUUUAGUGGGAAAUAUGGAAACUAUGCGUAUCGAUAUAGUCGUCAGUGAAUUUGGAAAAGUAACAGAUAAAAAGAAGGGUAACAAGUACCAGAUGAAGAAAGGAAACAGUACCAAAUUUCAUUUGAAUAUACCACCAGAAACUCCGGCAUUUUUAUGCGAGAAGAUCGGUAUCGACAUAGAUGUUAAGAAAAUGGCUGAUAUGACAGUAGAUGAUAUGAUUCAAAAGCAAACUGUCCUGUACAUAUCUCGGGGCCAAUUGAAGAAACAUACAAGUACAGUUGUGAAUUUUAGUUUAAAUAUACGAUAUAUUAGCCAACAAGUAAACAUGCCUCUUCUCAGAUUAUUACAUCAAAUUAGUAAUAUGUACCAAAAUGUUAAAGAGACACAGAUGGAACUGAAAGAACAGCAGCCAGAGAAUAAACGAAACAAUACUUUAAUUGUUAAUGAUACAACAGCAAAGAAUGGCUCGUCGUCAACGUCUGACCUACAAGAGCAGCUUUUAUUGGAGGGUAAAAAAAUAGACGUACCAUUGCUUCGCAGUAAUUUUGAACCAAGUUUAUCAAAAGUUAUAUCACCCGGCGCGAGUAUUCGAUCUCGGCCGCAAAGUUUUGCUCAAAAGUUACGCAGCACUGGGAAAAGCGUAAAAGGAUACAUCAAUCUGAGCGAAGGUGUGAUUACCCCUAAUUUUGGAGCAAGUCCUAGCGGAUCAGGAUUGGACAAAUUUUGUGUACUUCCUGACAAAUGUAAAGACACAACCCAUCUUACACCGCGAUGCUGGAAAACCAUCUAUUAUCUACUGGAUUUGUAUGCCACACGACCGGAAACUAAAACCAUUACCCAUCGUCUCUCUAUACCAGCUGAUGCUUCAGAACAUUAUAAAAGUGGCCGAAAAUAUGAAUUAUUAAAUGAAACAAAAGAUGUGGAUAUUGAGAAAGGAUUGAAUGCUGAAAAUAGUUCAACACCGGUGCCGUUACCACGAGAAUUAAGCAUCGUUACAGGAGAACGAACAAGGCUGGUUAUCUUUGGCGUUGCCCGGAUACAUAGGACUAGAUUGUUAGCUACCCUUAGCGGGUUAAAACUUGAGGCAGAAAUAACAAGUCUUCACGCGAGUUUAACGUGUCGUAAAAAGUCAAGACCCGCUAGCUUAGAAUGUAGCUUGACCGGGCAAAUAGGCAGAACCAUGAUCGUUUUACUAGAAGGAGUAGCGCCAAGUCAACAAACGGUUGUUAAAGUAACCGUGGGAAAAUCACAAGCGUUGUAUUCUAGUAUUAGUAAACGUCAGAAAGAUAAAAAUAGUGGUUUGUUGACUGUUGGUGCUGUGAAUAUAGACAUUCCUCAACAUCCGGUUGUUUUGCACGGUAUGAUGACCAGAGGCAGCAAACAGCUGUCUUCAACUUUGCAAGAACUAAGGGUAACAAGAACAUCGUCAAGAAUGUCUAGGGGCCAACAACCAGAUGAAGUGGAUGCUGGUGUACCUAGCAGUCCCCAUCAUUAUGCACCUGCCCCAUCAGUUGAUUUAGAAAAGCCACAAGUCGUGUCUAGUUUGCUAGAACCGAUAAUAAUGCAGUUCCAUAUAAUCCUUCAAAGUUUAAGCAUAACUGCAGCUCUCUUACCAUCUUUGCAAGCACAAUAUAAAAUGGAUCAGGUGACUAGUUCUGGUGUAACUGGGAGUAAAGCUAAAUUUACGGUAGAUCUACCUCAUCAUACCUUGAGUUUCACGACGAAACUUCAAGUUACAGAAGCGAAUUUACCUUCUGAAGCUAGUAUUGAACUUCCUAAGGUACACGUGUCCGCAGAAUACAUUCAAGAUGGUAAUAGUAACAUGAAUGAUAGCAAAUUAGCAGAUGGUGUUGUGUUAAGACAAGGCAGUUACCUUAGUGCUACAGCUGAUAUUGGUGUUUUUGAACAUUCUUUAACUACAGACCUUCUGAAUCAUUUAGUAUUCGUGCAAAAAGUGUUCAUGAAAGAGGUGAACGAAGUUGUACAGAAAGUUUAUGGAGGAGAGAAACCAGUUCCUUUAUGGUUGGAGGAUGAAGAGGCAAACACAGUUGUGAAAAGAAUAUUAUUUACAUUAAUUAUUCGUAUUGAAAGGAUACAAUUGACUGCAACAACUCCAACCAAUUCCGCUGUACGAUUAGAAACUGGAGCUGUUGAACUUCAGUUAUCUAAUAGAGUACAAAAUGUUUCUGGUGCUACUCAGCCAAACCCACACAUGAAAUUAUUUGGAAAAGCACAAGUUGACAUUAAUUUGAGCCUUGGACAGUUGUUGAAAAACGUGUUAUUCGAAGAGGCAGAACCAGAAUUUCAACAGUUUGCUUUUUUCAAUACUAGAGUAGGAUUACGGAAUGCCUUUCAGGAAGAGAUGGCACAAGAUGAGGACAAAGAAGUGGUACUAAUAACGUUGAAGCGUCCAUUGAUAUACAUUCAACCGGUGGCUAUCGAUAAGGCUAUACUAGUUUGGUUGAAUUACAAAAAUGCAUAUGAAUACUGGAACGAGAAAAGGGCUAAUUUAAAUAAAGAAGUUCUAACAUUUGGUCAGAUAACGAGCCAGCUGAGUGCUCCUCAUUUAGGUACAUUAUUUUUGCAAUUGACUGUAGAUGAUAUGGGUAUUUGUGUACCACUUAACCCUUUGCCACCUACUUGGGGAUUGAAUAGAGGAUUGUACGAUGGUGAAUCCAGAGGUGCUGUAGUAGUGACAUUGGAAAACACAAGCAUAUCAGCGUGUAGCAGUGGUAGUUUAGUUAGCAAGGGAAGAUUCAUGGGUUUGUGCCUGAGAUUUGCCGAUGAUUUUGAAACUUCUUUGGAUGAUUGGAAACCAGAUGCAACUGACAGUAGUAUCAUGAAUUUGUGUAUGGUGUCUGAAGGGACUUAUGAAGUGUGCAGUAGAACAAUUGCACAGAAACCAGAUAAGUCUGAUAAUGCUAAGUGGAUCUUAAAUGUACAGUGGCAAAUGGAAGGUGUUGAUAUUCAUUUAGACGUUAACGUGGGACAACAGUUAUCAGCGCUUGGACAUACGUUAACAAUGUUAACAGGGUCUGAGGAGGAUGAUAUUCAUGAACAUCCAGAUUAUGAUAGCGAUGAUGCGGAUCAACCAGAUAAUAGUACUAGCCAGGUUAAGAAAAAAGAGAGUAUAUUAAUGAAGAAAUCGAAAAAUUGGACGGACAGUUUACCAGCGUUUGUUUUUGAUCCAACAAUCGACGCAAAGAAAAGAUCUAAACUGAUUGAGAAAGAAAUGAACGAACAGGCUAAAAUUAUAAAUGAUCUACGGUCAUUGGGCGCUUCUCAUGGAACAAUAGAACAAGAAAUGAAACGUUUGCACGAAUUGGAAGCUAUGGUGUUUAAAGAUUUCAGAAGAGAUAUGAUUCAAAAGUUAAGAAGACAGUCUGUUAAAGCAUCCGGUAUAAAAGGUAAAUUAGGACUCGGUGGUAAACCAAAUACUUAUAGAUCACGAUCGUUUAUUGUACCAUCUCCAACACUUGAAAAUCAACUUGAAAGUCCUGAGGACUUAAAUAUGGAAGUCAAUUCAGCAAACUCUGCUAGCUAUGAAAGUAGUCCUAGAAGUGGUCCAAGUCGGUCGGCUUCCCUACGUGUAAGAGGACUCGGUGGUCCACGAGUUACUUUCAGUGAUACGCAUACAAUGGGAAGACAAUCGUCAUUACCAAGUGCUGGAUCUGAACUAAGUUUACCAGAAGGUGAAUUAGAAUGGCCAGAAACAAUUGAGAUUGAAGGAGAACGAGUUGAAUUAAGAAAGAAGACUAGAGAUAUCAGUUGCACCUCAAGUUAUGAUAGCAUGGAAGGAAAUGCACCGUUGCUCGAUUCCUUUGGAAAAGAACAAUCUUCAUCAACCUCGUCGCCAUAUAUAACACCUCAGAAAGCCCAAGAGCCCAACAUAGAUUUUGAACUUGAUGUAAAAGUUCUAAUCAACAGUGGUAAAUGCGUGCUUCAUACAAAAGAUCCAGGGAAAGAAGAUGAAAUUAAAAUUAUGAGCAGAAUGAAAAAGGAACGAUCAUGUUCGGGGGGUACCUUUGAAUUUCAACCAAGUAGUCCUAGUAGCAGCAGAAAGCAUUUAAGUAGUAAAGAAAAAUCAUCAACCACAAGUACAUCGCGAUUACGUUAUUUGCAACACGCAAAUGUACCUUUGGUGGAUUUGACAAUUUUUCAUAUUCCUGGCUUAGACGUGAAGGUACACUAUGAAUCUAAAACACUACCCGAAGAAUCAGUGUCACCUCGGAUAUCGUCCGACAAUAGUUUGCUGAAUCCAUCAUCGACAAGCAUGUUUAAGAAAGCUAGUACUAAGAAGGCCAGCUUAUUCGCUUGGAUGACACUUCAAAGUAUACCGGAGGAGACUAUAAUAAGUCCACAUAUUCUUGAAUUCUUGGAACAGACGUUAGAACCAAUACCAAGCAAGACCCAUUUUCAUAGUACUUUUCAUAGCAAUGUACAAACAAAUGCAAUGUUUCCAUUGGAGAAUACAGAAAGUACAUCAUGGGCUGCCACUGCAGCAAGCAGCAGCAAUUACGUUUACGCGAGUUUCCCUGUUGAUGUGAUAGUGUAUUUUCAUAUGCAACCUUCCACGUUUAGAUUCUCUUGUCUGCCGGUGUCUCGUGUAGAAUGUAUGCUUCAAUUGCCGUCCCUCGACAUAGUGUUUUCGUCCAAGCGAGCAGAAGAAGAGCUCGUUGAAUUUCGAGAGUACAAAUCACCAAAUACCCAAACAACCGGAAAAGAAGCUGGUUCAGCAAUUGGCGGAUUGUCUGUCACUGGAUGUCUAGCGGACUUUUCUGUUUAUAUAUUUCAUCCGUACGGUGGUGGAAAGAAAACGGGCUUGAAAGAGGCCCAAUGGUCACCAUUGUCCGACAGUGAGAGGAAAGAUUCUCUAAGCAUCAACGUUGAAUUCGUCAAGUUUCACAUGUCAAGAAGUCGUAGAUUAAAUUUUCAAAGCGAACAGUCGAAAAAGUCAGAUACCAGUCGUGCAGUUAUACGAUUUUCCACAAUCGCUGAUAUCGGAUCUGCCUCGUUCAAAUAUGACAUGAGAAGACUAAGCGAAAUUCUGGCCUUUCCUAAAGCAUGGUACAGACGAAGUAUAGUUCGUCGUUUAUUUUUGGGAGAUCUGAGCUCGGGUACCGCCUAUUCCGAAGGAGACGGUAGCCCUUCUCUAAAUCAAGAAGAAGCUGUUAUGGGUAGUUCUUUAUUGAAACAUUAUGACAGACACGGGACCGAUGGACUAUCAAAAAGUGCUCCAGAACGAAGCCCGACGUUGAACAGAGAUAAAUUGAGAUUGAGUUUAGAAAGUGAUAUGCCCGCACACGCAAGAUUAAAAGACAUUGGAAGAGGAUGGAGUUUCACUUCGGACAAACAGACGUCAUCUUCAGAAUUAAAAUUAAGAGAAUCUGCAUGGGAGACACUAGUAUUGUUUGCUAUAAAUUUCACUCGUUUAAAUGUUCAUAUGAACAUGGGCAACGUGAUGGGCAAUGUUACAUGGAUGACCAAAGACUUUCGCUCUGAUGGAAGACUGUCUAUAGGAAGUACUGGGCAUAAAAAUUUAUACAUAGGUGUUGGAUUAGGAGGAUCUAGUUUAGAUGCAAAAGGUGGUAUCGUUGGUGGUACCAUAGAAUUGAGCAAGAUCGAUACAUACAUACACAUUCGAGAAGAACCUGGGAUAGAACCUGAUCAUACAGUGGGGUUAAAACUGUUUGCAUUGGAAUUGCGAUUGGACUAUAUGGGGGCGAGCGUGUUAAUGUCUAGAGUGUCUUCGCUGGAUGUUACAUUAAGAGACGAAUGGAAAAUUAAUCGAAACAGCAGCGGAGAUGCUUUUAUGCCAACGAGAAGGCCUGCAGUGAUUUUCAUGCACGGUGACCUAGGAUGGGAUCAAUUGCAACUUAUGAUCAGCGAAUCAACAACGGCUGAUCUAUUAAAAAUGUACUACAAAUUGGAUGAAUUUUUCAGUCAACAAUUUAAGAGUAGUAAACGAGUGUUCAGUUCUUUCCAACCGAGACAUCAAAGAGUAUCAAAUAGCAGUUUCAAAAAGAGACAACAGAAAAGAAAACCUACUGCAGAAGCACCAUGGAAUUUAAAUCAAUCAAUGAUGACGGAUGCCCGUCACCAUAGACACUGGCAAGGGGUGUUGGCUCAAGUAGCAGGAUUACAAUUAGGUAGUUUAAGGUUCUCUUUACCAUCAACGGGGACUGUACUCGGUGGUACAAUGGAACUUCACGGUUGCAACAUCAGCCUGGCAUGUUUCCAUGGAAUCAACUUUAAAAGUAAAAGUUGGGCACUGUUCUCCUUGAAGGAACCAUGCAUCAGUUUUGCAACCGAAGCGCAAGAGAUACCAAGCGUUGAAUCACCAAAUACAUGCGACGUUCAUGUCGUGCAAACGUUGACCAUCAGUUUAGGUCAGCAACAAGAACAACACGCGAGGCAUAAUUCUAUGGCUACCGUUUGCAAGUUGAGUCGCAACGUAGUCUUUCCACCUCAGUUUAAAUCAUUGCAAGAAUGGUUCCAUUAUGCGUUUGCUAGUAGCGAAAUCGACGCCGUGGAUCGGUUCCCAUGCGUCGAAAGAGAACGAAUGGAAACUACGACCGAGACUGGUAACAUGACUCGUGGAAGAAGUACAUCAACAACUUCUGGGAAAUUACAAGAACAUUCUCAUGCGAGAGAAGUUAUAUUUGCUUUACCGUCACUGCAAUUACAUUUGAAAACUGAACACCUUCAAACCGCCAAAACUCCAGAUGUUAUUGGAGCUCCUAAACAUAUUUUCUAUAGUGAAAAGCCAUUAGUUGAAUGUAGUUUCAUAACAGAAUUUGAAGACCAUAUUUUUGUCACUGUGGAUGCUGAAGCCUUCUUCUUCCUUCACGAUUUAAUCACUUCAUACGUGAAAGAAAAAGAAAAAGUGCCUAUCGGUGCACGAGCACAUAGCCCAGAUCCUCACGAUAAGAAAAGUGGAAGUGCUACGACAAGCAGUACUUCUACUUCAACAACGAUCACCACCGAAGACGAAAAGAAACGCAAACAAUUUGAUCCAACAGAAAUGUUUAUAAAAGAUUGGCGAUCAUACAGAUGUAAAACGUGGCAUUUAGAGCCAACCGUAAGAUUACUUUCAUGGGCUGGAAAAAGCAUCGAACCUUACGGUAUAGAUUACAUCCUCCAAAAAUUAGGUUUCUCCCAUGCUCGUACAACGAUACCAAAAUGGAUUCAGCGAGGUUUCAUGGAUCCUCUGGACAAAUUACUAGCCAUUCUGAUGCUAAGGAUGGUCUCAGCCGUUCGCGAAGAACCACCCGAGGAACAGAAAGAGCAUAAACGAGAAAAAUAAUGGAGGGUAAAUAGAGAAAUCCUGAAGAGUUCAGAUCGAAAAGCAGUAAUCGUCCAAGAUAAUUAAAGGUCUCUUAGCAGAGUAUCAAAUGAAGAUAAACGAUUAUACUUUGUAUAGUACAUAGAACGAACGUUGAUUAGUAUGAAUUUAAUUAACGAAAUGAUAUAUCACAGUGAUUACUGAAUCCUACUCAGUGUAUAAACCGAUGAUGAACUCUAUAAUCGUCAAAUAGUUUCGAGUGAAUGGAGAAAGGACAUUUGUAAGAAGCGUGUUGAUGAGAUGCAACUUAUAAUCAAGAAAUUGUACAUUACAGUAUAGAUAAAGGUUUAUAAUCAUCGAUAUUCCGUUCGAAUGUGUUAGAAUAUUGCACAGAACGCCAUGGGCACAUCAACGAACCUUAGAAUAUAUAUAUGUAUAUUACCAACGUUUAUAGCAACGGUUCAUAAUAUUUUCGUAAUGUAAUAACACGAAGGAACUUAGUCCGACAUAGUGAAAAUUCCAAGACCGUUCGCGAUCGUGACUGUAAUCAUUGAAUUUAAGCAUUUUUCGAUGCAAGUCAUUUAAGUUCACCGAAUUAUACGCAAGAGGUUUCUCAGCUUUAGAAAAUUUGAUAAAUUACGUUUAUUUACACUAUCGCCAAGAAGUUUGGAAACGUUUGAAUUGUUUUAAAAAAUAAUUAAAAAGUCGAGAUAAGUGAUUCUUUUGCUUAAUUCUAAUACCGUUCUCUUCUGUAUUACUAUCUAGGUGAAGUAUAUAUUUUAUAUUAUGCAAUGCAGUUGAAUUAUUUAUUUAAAUCUAUUUGUUUCCAAACUUUUUGACGGUAGUGUAUGUAUUAUGUACAGUUAGCAUUCUAAGAAAUGUUAUACGCCUAGGUAAGGUUUAAACGAGUUAAUUGUACGUGUUAUAAAUAUCGUCUAAAUAGAAGGCAGAAGGCUCUUCUCGCUUGAAACUCCGCAGCUUUCUUAGAGUUUACUAUCUCCGAAAAAAGGAUUGUCUUUCUACAAAUUGCUCACGCGAUUACGCUUACAUUCUUAAGAAUUUCUUUUCGUUAUUUUUCUCUCUCUCUUUCUCUCUCUUUUUUUUUAAUAUCUCGGGAUUUAACGUUUGUAUAGUUGAUACCAGCCGUGGCAUUUUUGCUCAUCGUUAAACAUAAUUUCGCGCGAAUCCUACGAUUAAGUUUUUAUCACGGCGGAAUACGAGUUUCAAUUAUCGUUGUAAUUUAAUGUAAUAUAUUGUUGUGUAUACAUAGCGCAAUUCUUUCUGCAUAAUUAUAUAUAUAUAUACAUAUAUCUAUAUACAUAAUGAUGCCAAGUUAUAAUUGCAAGGUGCACUUUCAAACAAAGCUGAUACAUAUUAGGGGAUAAGUUGUUACUGCAGGAUAACGGAUUUCAAUAUAUACAUAUAUAUUCUAUUUUAAGCGAAGUGUAUAAUAAAAUUUAAUUGAACGUAGAUAAUGCGAAGAGACAAAAAGAAAUAAUCGAUGUAUCAUUGUUCAAGCGUCCUUUUAUUUUUAUUUCUUUUUUUAAUUUUUUAUUAAAGAGACUCGUGUUAGGCAUUGUACACUUAGACCCACCGAUAUAGUCGCAAGAGUUCACUGUUUCUUUUAUUCAGUCUUCCUGCAGCAUUACUUAACUUUUAAGCCGAAGCCAUCACGAUUAAUAACGAACUUGUCUAGAUGUAAAAAGUUGAACGAAAGGAUAAUGGACAAGGUGUAUAUCAAUGUGUUUCUAUUAUGUUAUGAAACGAGCCAAAAAGAAGAGAUAGUUUAUUUUACAUUGUAAGCGAUCAUUUCGGGCUUCUUACUGCUCAUAACCGUGAAUACUGUAAACGAUAACGUCUAUUUAUAAAUAGUGAACGAUUACUUUGAAUUUUGUAACGUCAGACGUAUACACAUAUAUGAAUACGUAUCUGUAUGGUGAUAUACGUAUUAGCUUUAUAUACAAGUUCCGGCAAUUUUAUUGUUAAAAAUUGAAAGUGUUUGAUAUGAUAAGAUAGAAGAAAUUUAGUAGUUCUAUGUGAUCUGUAAAUUUAAGUAGCUUCGGAAUAAGAUUUUCUAAAUUUAAUUAAAAGAAGAAAAAAAAAAACUGUAUCCCAGUAACGAAACGCGUGUUCCUUUAAAAAUAGAAGAGAUUUUGCUACUCUUUUAGAUUAAUAGAUUAAUUUAUUCCGAAUAUCGAAUAAGUUUUCACCGGAACUUGUAUCACGUGCGUGUACAUUUGCUCACUGUUGCGACUUCUUCACGCGUGAUGUUCUAUCAAAUUAACAAAAACGAAAAAAAGACUUGGUAGAUCCAGCCAGUAGAAGAAUAGUGAAUUUUACAUUGUAAACUCUAGUAUUACUCGCGAACCAUACACUGAUGUAUUUGUAUAAAUAUUUUUUUUUUCCCUCUUUUCUUAUUUAUUUCAUUUGGAAUAAAGGAAUCGGUGAGAUCCAAGUGACAAAGUAACUGAAUCAACAGUUCAUUGUUCAGAGGAUUCUAAAAUCUUUGUCUAUAUUAGUCAAUUUAUCACUACGUAGAAUGUAUUUAGUAAAAGAAAGAAAAAAAAAGAA